UGGGGAUAGGAGAGGGCAUCUCUCACGUGCUGGGCUCAUGCAGUGAAGAAACAAACAGAAGGAAGUGGAAAAGGAGCCAGGGGGAAGCGGGACAAUUUCCUAUAUUCGCUGUCAUCGGGAAUCAUCAAACCCCAUCUCUCUUCGCUGUAAUGAAGAUUUACGAGUUACUAAAAUAACAUUAAAUACCCAGAGAGAGAGAGAGAGAGAGAGAGAGGGUUGUACUGAGAGUGAUUCCACUUGCAGAGAUCAUACUUAUUAGUCACCACUACAAAUAUGCACUCAAGAUCAGAUCCAAACACCCCUUCAUGUUUCCAGUUCUUGAGUAAUUGGGAGUUUUCUCUCUGCCAUUGGCCAAACCCCACCAUGAAAAUGCAGUGAAAACACCCAUCUACAGAAAGAGAUUUUAGUGAUUGAGAAUCCAAAUGGAGGGGAACCCAUCUCGAGUUGCACGUAAAAAGGAGACCCACAAAGGCUCAAGAGCCAGGCAGGAAAGCAAGAGCCGGUACGCCGUAGAAGAUGGCGGAGAUCUGAUCGAGUGUUCCGGCAAGUAUUGCAGGUCAUGCACCGCAGGGUUGUUCGCCGACUGCGUAGCGAUCUGCUGCUGCCCCUGUGCUGUGGUGAACCUGCUGGCUCUUGCCCUCGUUAAGAUCCCCUGGAUGAUGGGAAGGAGGUGUCUAGGACUCGGGAAAAGGAAGCUGGAAAUGAAGAGAAAGUGCAAAAAAAAUGAAAUCGAAUUCGUGAUAGAGAGAGACGGAAGCUUGAGGAAUGGAAGAGCGGAUGAGGGAACAUCAGACAUUUUAUAUGGGGUUGGCGAGGAAGAAGAAGAAAAGGAAAAAGCGAGCGCAAGGUUUGAGGCAGAUAGGGUUUGGUUGGAGCUGUACCAGGUGGGUCAUCUGGGCUUUGGCAGGGUCUCCUUCACUGGAAUCCAACCCCAAGCCAAGGGCAAUUAGGGAAACAAAACUGCUGCUGUUCUAACUCGGAAUGAAAAAUCUCAUAAUUUUAUUUUUCCCCAGUGGUUUUCUGGGGCAUCGUACUACGGAUUAUUCCUCCAUGAAUGCUGAUCUUCAAGGAAAAUGAGCUGAUUUUCAAUAUUAUCUGUCAAAAGAAAUACUGCAUUCGCAGAAGUACCAUCUAUCAAUCAUAGUACUCGGUUCUAUUA